UAAGCUAGACCCAAGGUUUGCUAGUCACUAUCAAAAAUUACGAAAAAGAUUCGAAAAUGGGUCUCUAUGGUCAAAUAUCUGGCGUGGCCCUUUUUUUACUGGUCUUUAUGCUUUAGGAUUAUAUCCCCGAAUAUUAUUCAAACAUCGGAUAACCAACAAUCCACUUCACCCAUCAUUAACAACUUAUCAAGAAACCGCAAUCCGUACUUUAAAACGGACAUUUAAUUCUCCAUUAAAUUCGAUUCGAAAAAAUGUAUCACUUUUUGAAUCAUUUAUGAAAACAUUUAAAUGCUCUGAACCAAUAACAUCUUUAAGCGAUGAUACCGACUUUAAUGGGUAUUGGUUAGGUGCUGAUACUUGGCAAGGUCAACCUCCAAAAGCUAUUUUGUUAUAUGUUCAUGGAGGACCAUACAUAUCAGCUACAUCAAUAUCUGGUAUUCAGUCAUUAUGUUUUUUAUUACAAACUUUAAGAACGAAAUAUCAUCAACAUGUUAGGGUGUUAGCCAUUGAUUACGAACUAGCAUCAGAGAAUCCAUUCCCCGUUGGAUUAAAUGAGUUAGAACGUGCUUAUCGAUGGUUGAUUUCUAGUAGUAUACCUGGUAGUCAGGAAGUCAUUUUAUGUGGGGAUUCGAUAGGUGCGGUAAUGGUUCUAGGACUUUUACAACGUAUACAUACCAGCGACAACACGACUACCGAUUCAAUUAACCCUUUAGGCGCAUUACUAAUUUCUCCUUGGGUAGAACUAUCGUGUGACUCUUUUUCACAUUUUACAAAUGCAAAAUAUGAUUAUCUGUCAAGUUGUUUGUUGAAAUUCGCUUCUGAAUAUUAUGUAUAUGGUAAAAGAGGUGAUCCAAGUCUUAAUAGGCGUCGGUCCCAAAUUAUUAAUCAAAACAUGACCAAUGAUAAUACUAUUUUCUCUUGGUUAAGAAAUGUUGAAGAUAAUUUAGAUCUUAAUGUUAUAAAAGAUAUUAAUGAAAGCAAUCAGAAAAGUACUGAUAUUACUGAAAGAGGUGAAUCUGAGAGUAGGAAAAAUUCAAUUGUAAUAAAUUCACGUAAUAGUAAAAUAUUAAAUCAAGAUCUUAGUCAAAAUAUUAGUCAAGACCUUAGUCAAGACCUUAGUCAAGACCUUAGUAUAGAUAAUGAUGCACGAGCUGAACGUCUUGAAAGCAUUCUUGAAGCAUACAACAAAAUCGGUUCUCGUAAUGAUACUGAUGGGAUCAGCAGAAGCGGAUCAGUACACAGUUCACGACCUACAUCGAUUCUUCGUCCUAGUACCUUAGGUGGUGAAAAAAAGAGAAGAAGUAGAAAUUCCGUUAGGUUUUCUGAUUUUAUUGAAAUUCAUACACAAACUGAAGAUGGUGAAACACAUGUAAAACAUGAAAGUUUGACACGAAUCAAUUCUCGAAGUUCUUAUACUUCAAAAUCAAAAAGACCUUUGAAGAGAUUAAAAAAAAAAAAGAAUUCAAUUACAAAGAAAGAUGAUCCAUUUAGGAAUCCAUAUAUUUCUCCAUUACAUACACCUCAUCAUAUUCUUGCAAAAUAUCCUCCUCUUUUUGUCUCUUAUGGAGGGAAGGAAAUGCUUAGAGAUGAUAUUGAAAUGUUCUGUCAAAAAUGUAUUAAUAGUAAGAAAGGUAACUUCUCUGAAGGAAAUCAUAAUUCUGAUGAUUUGAUAUCUGCUGAAAUAGAAGUAAAGGACGGAUUACAUCCUGAUGUUGUUGUUGAGAUGGAUGAAGAUAUGGUUCAUGAUUAUCCGAUUCUUUUAGGAACGUUUGGCGAACACUCACGCUAUGCUUUAACGCGCAUGGCCACUUUCAUUAAUGGUCUACUUCCAAAAACCCGAUUUGAGUUUCAUCCUACCUCGUAUUCUAAUAGCUUUAAUAACUUGGAUAAAGUUUCACCAGUCAUAGAUGUUUCAUCUAACUAUAAUUACUCUGAAUAUUCUGAAUAUUCUGAAUAUUAUGACUAUGAAUUAUCCGAUUUAAAUUCUAAAGUUAUCACUUCAACGAAUCCUGUUUUAGUUCCUAAACCUAUAAGUGUCCCACAACUACAACCUCCUCCCAAAAGUUUACCUAAAUCAAGAUCCUCAGUCUCACCGUUACAACCUCUUGUCAGUUUACCUAAAUCAAAAUCUACAGUCCCACCGUUGCAACCCCUUAUCAAUUUACCUAGAUCAAAAUUUACAGUCGUACCGUUAAAACCUAUCGACAGUCCUAAAUCAAUUUCUGCUGGCUCUCCUACUUCUAUCAAUAGUAGAAUAUUACAAACCAUACGCGAAUCAAUAUCCUCGGCAUCAACUAGUAAUUUCUCUACAAAAUCCGAAUUUUCCAGCAAUGUUUCUAUUUUAUCUUAUAGUGUAAAUAGUGAUGUUUACGCGAAUUCGAGAAAAAUACCUAUAAAACCGAUGAAUCUUUAUCCUAUUAUUCCGAUUAAGGAGGAAGGAGGAAAAUAG